GUGAGGCGGAGAUUGGAGGAGGAUUUCGGCAUUGACUUGUCCCAGAAAAAGAAGUUCAUUAGGGAGCAAGUCGAUUUAUUUCUCCAAAACGAGUUCGAAAAUGCCGAAGGUGAAGAGCAAGAACUCGAAGAAGAUGUUCAAUAGGAGAAAAUUAAAUCAGAGGAAACCGACGGGCUCUGAUUCGAACGAGGACGAUGUGGAGAGUAAAAAAGCCAGAAAUAAAAGGGCUCUCGUAAAGAAAGGGCCAAAAAGAGUCAAUAAUGAAGUUAAUAAAAGGGGCGGUGGUUUUAACAAAGUUUGUAAUCUUUCCCCACAACUUCAGGAACUUCUAGGAGUCCCUUCAUUGGCGAGGACUGAGGUAGUCAAGCAAGUAUGGGCUUAUUUCAGAGAGAGAAAUUUGCAAGACCCAGAUAACAAGAAAAAUGUAAUUUGUGAUGAAUCAUUGCAUGCACUUUUUGGUGUUCAUUCCAUUGAUAUGUUUCAAAUGAACAAAGCCCUGUCAAAGCAUAUUUUACCCUCGGAUUCAGAUGAAGUUGUCUCAGCCAAGUUAACAGAGAAAGAAAAGGCAGACAAGCAUCAGAGAGAAGCAGAUCCGGAUGAACCACAAGGAAAGGAAAAGCGACAGAAGGGAUUUCUUGCUCCUCUUCAACUUUCAGAUGCACUAGUAAAAUUUCUUGGUACCGGAGAAAAUGAGCUCACUUGGGCCGUUGUAAUAAAGAGACUGCGGGAUUACAUAAAAGAAAAUAACCUCCAGGAUCCGUCCGAAAAAAGGAAAGUAAUAUGUGAUGAAAAGCUGAAAGAACUCUUCGAUGUCGAAACGUUCCAUGGCUUCACUGUGACAAAAAUCUUAGUUUCUCAUUUUCUCAAGACAUGACAAUCCGAAUCCGAUGCUC